AUGGAGGAGGGCUAUUCCGGGGACGAAGUGGCGGCAGGUAUGUGUGCUGUGGGGUCCUCACUUCCGACAAGAUCGCCGCCACUCGACCCACCGCAUUCUUCUUGCGCGCCGUCCCCGGUGGGACGCUCCGCCACUGUGAUCGGUGGCGCAGUAAUACGCAGCCCCAUGGCAAUGACGUCCCCAGCCGCGCAUACGACAUCUAUUGCUGCUGCUGCUGCUGCUUCUUCGGCAGCGGGGCGAGCAAUGGAGAGCGUUUCUCCGGUGUCUACCACAACCGCCGCGGAGUAUGUGGAAAUUGAACAGAAGCAGGCGGAGCUGAGGAGUGUUGUAGAACAUCGUAUUAUGACGCUUGAGCGAUCACUAAAGCGUCGUGAAGAAGAAAUAGAAACGUUGAAAAUGCAGCUACGUAAAACUGAGGAGGACUAUCAGUUUAACUAUGAGCUCAUCAAGGACCGUGAUGCGGCGUUGGAGGAGGCUGCGACGCAGCUUCAAGUUUUGUACGACGAGUUGAAGCACCGCAAGUCGGAGGAGUUGACAUUAUCCAAGCGUUUGGAGGGGCUUGAGAAGGAGACACACCAUUUACGGCAAAGACUUCGAGAGACGGAGGUGGAACGCGAACAGACUGUGCAGCGCGUUCAGCAGAUGUAUCAGCAGAAAGAAAGACAACUAAAGGAGGCUUUUGGCCAAAAAGAGACGGCACUAGAGGCGGAGAAGCAGCGUCUACAUGAAGAGUACUUAAAAAGAUUUAAAGCAAUGGAUGACAUCCGGGAAGAGACGGCGGAUAAGAGUGAGGCGCUGGCGAAAGAAUUAGAAGCGAAAUGGGGUCAACAAGUGAGGGGUUUAGAGGAGAAACUAGUUGCAUCCACCAAAGUGAUGGAUGCCGUACAGAGUGAGAAGGCGGCCAUUGAGUCUCGUUACUCUGAAGCAUCUCAGGCAUUGUCUCUAUUGAAGCAUGAAAAUGAGUCACUCCAACAGCAGCAUCAAGUUGUUGUGGCGGAGGCUGCUGAAAAACAACGUGAGUUGGAGGCGAAAUUGAAUGAGUACAAUGCCGUUAUGGGACAAGGCAUUGCCAACGCUGAAGACAGUAUCCGUCAGCAGACACGGCGAGCCAACAUGUUAGAGGUAGAGUGCGGCCAACUACAGUCGCAAGUAACGGAGCUACAAGAGCGGUUGCAGGCGUCACGAAUACAGAGAGAUGACGAUACAAAACGUCUCAUGGAGGAGAGUAAUAAAAUGCGAGAGAAUUACCGCCAAGCAGAGACGCAGAUGGAAGAGCGACGCCGGAAUUGGGCAGAAAGAGAGCGUCAAUUAACUCUGCAGUUGCAGCGGCUGCAAGAAGAGCUUGAAGACGCAAGAAAGAAAGGCGACACAGCAGUUAGUCGUAUGGGCGAGUUACAGGCUCGUUAUGAGGUCUCCCAAGAAGAACGGGCCCGGUGCGAACAGGAAAUCGAACGUUUUCGUCGGGAUCUUCAGCGCUGUCGUGAGGAGGAGCAGCGCACUGCGACGCACGCGCAAGAAGUGCAGCGUGCUGCAGAAGAAAAGGUUCGUGACGCCGGUCGUGAGGUGGAGGUUGCACAGGAGGAGGUGGAGCGACUGAAGAAACGUCUAUUUGAGGCACAAGAACGAUCCCAGUCAGAGGCAGCGCGACUAACGCGAGAGUUACACGCUAGCGAGGCGGCACGUCAAGCCCUCGAGGAGCAUUUCCACCUUGCAGAGGACGCCAACGGGCAGCGGGCGCUUAUCGAGAACUUGCGCCGCGAGAAGGAAGCACUGGAGCGAAGAGUAUUGGAGCUGGAGCAAACAAAUGCGGCGAUACGAGAUCAAGUAGCCUCCUUCACUAUGGAGCUACAAAACGACCCCGUUGUAAAGUCUGCGAAGGAGACGCAGCGCCGAGUACAAGAGUUACAAGAGCAAUUAUUGCAAGCCCGUGAGGAUAUUCAGCGUCUGCGCGACACACUCCGUGCGAAAGAGGAGGAGUUGUCGCGUUACCAGUUGGAGAUCCUGCGUGCGCGCUCUGCGGAGACGGCGGUUUUGCAUCAGCGGGAUCAGGAGGACCAACGCCUUCGUGAGGAGUACCAAAGCGCAAAGGAGGCCUAUGAAAGUAUGCGAAAAGCGCUCAGGGAUCAAAAACAACAACAACAGCAGCAGCGAAGUAGAGUAUCGCCUGGAAAACCAGCGACACUAAAUCAGAAAAGUGGCAGUGAUGAUGACGAUAGGAGGGAUAGGCACCGAAGUGGUGAAAAAAAAGUUUCUUGUGGGGCCGAGAGGGAUCCCGUGUCGAUGCGGGAGGCGGACUUGUGGCGGCGAAAGUAUCUGCAGCUGGAGCAAAAUCUUCGUGAUCUCCUUCGGGAACGUGAUGGCUUGGCAAGGGAGCUGCAACUCACGCGUCAGGAUGUCGACGCAUUGACAAGCGAGAAACAAUCCCUUGUCGAUUUGAACUCCCUGUUGAAGGCUCAGUUAAGGGAGGCGUACCGGACCGCAUUAGAAUACCCACAGCUGACGCUACGACCGCCAACACCAGAACAAAAUCAGCAUCAAGGGGGGCAAAAACAACAGCCAGCCGUUGUUCCAAUGCAGACUGAUACAAAUUUAGAAUCUGGGAGAAAAGCGGUGCAAGAUUCAACCCAAACAGUGCCUUCGCUCGCUGUAGAUGCCUUCUUCCGGGGUGUUUCGGCCCCGCAGUCCUCCGUCGAUGCAGAACGUCUUUCUGCCUUGGAAGUGGAGCUGGCAGCGAUGAAGGCAAGUAUGCUGAACCAUCGUCAGAGUUUUACACGUGCCUCUCGAUCUGGCGGGGGAGGUGCCGCUGCCGCUUCCAAAGAUCGGGACACCCGAAGACAGUUGCAACAGCAACAACAGCAGCAGAAGCCACAAAAAAAUACUCCCCAGACUGCGUCGAUGAGUCGAUCUCUCAGUCGGAGUGGGGCGCCGUUGGUUCACCGAGGUUCCUCCGUGGUGCGUCACUACGGCUACAUGUAA